UUACCAUUUUUACUUUUCGUUUUAUGUAUGCGGGGGGACCAAUGCACGGUGAGAACAUUAUUAUUACUCGGAAAGUCUCGCACAGCCACCACACAUUCCUUCGUAUAGUUAGAAGCAGCAGAAGCAGCAGUAGCAGCACAAGAAAAAAAAAGUCUCUCACCAUUGUGUGUCUUUCGGCUAAGAUAGCUUCAAUGUCCAAAAAAGAUAAAUAUUUUUCUUCAUAAUUUUGUGCUGCGUUAGGGGCGCACAAAUAUCGUAGAAAUAAGAGAAAAGGUGAUGUCUCGUGAGCUAUUGCCGUUUUCGAGGGCAUGAAAGCGGAUUGUGUGAUAUAGAUUUUUUGUUUCUGGUUGUGGGUUGAGUUCAUUCGGAAGUGGGCAGUGAUAUCGAGCGGAAAGAUGUCAAUAGAUUUGCAGAAAAAUCGAGACUCCAUCGUGAGCGCCUGGAAGUCGGUGGUGGACACGAAAAGUUCCACCAACUGGGCCCUGUUCACGUACGAGGGGCAAACUAAUGUGCUCAAAGUGCAGGAAACGGGCGAGGAUGGGAUCGCCGAACUGGCGGCCGAGCUCAACUCGGGCAAAUUGCAAUACGGGUUCGUACGGGUAGAUAACAGGGAGACUGGAAUUGCGAAAUUCGUGUUCAUAAACUGGCAGGGCGAAGGAGCACCGACUGCCCGCAAGGGAACCUGUGCCAAGCACGUCCGGGAUGUGACCAAUUUGCUAAAGGGUGCGCACAUUACCGUGCAUGCCACCACCGAGGACGAUGUGGAGGAGGCACGCAUUUUGGAAAAGUUACAGAAAGUGGUCGUCAACGAUUUCAAGGUCAAAGAUUACUCACAGGCCAAUGACGCGAUCAAGCCCGUCGGCACAAACUAUAGUCGGGUCAUUCCAACCAAGGAGAUCAACCCGGCGGAGAGGGAUGAAUUCUGGAGAAAGGAAGAAGAAGAGGAAAAACAUCGUCUCCAGCUAGAGUACGAGCGGAAGCUGAGCGAAACGGUCAAGCUGGAAGAGGAACGUCGCCGUCGCGAGGCGGAGUUUGAAAAGCGUGAAGCGGCACUGGGUACGCCAGCAAGCCCGGACAACGGCUACACGCGACAGACGUCGGAAAGUUCGAAAUCCGAACGGGACCGCGAAAUCAAACAGGUGGUCGAGGCAAGCGGCAAGGUCAGUUCGGCCAAGGCACGCUUCCUGAACAGCACCGCCCAGCUGAGUCCUUCGCACAUCCAGCAGCAGGUGGCUCCGGAGCUGAUCCUGUCGCCGGAUCCUUUAAGUGAGGAAAAGAGUCUGAUUGCCGAACUGAAGGCGGAAAUGGAGGCCGAAGAGAGGGAACGGAACGGGCUGCAAAGUGGUGCGGUUGAAGCUGUGGUGGAAGCUGGGGCGCAGGAAUAUUUCGAUCCAAACGCCACCAUUGACUUGACAGACGAGGACAACAUGAUCCGGGCGAGGGCGCUGUACGAUUAUCAGGCCGCGGACGAGUCGGAAAUUAGUUUUGACCCGGGAGAUGUCAUCACACACAUUGACCAGAUCGACGAAGGCUGGUGGCAAGGGCUGGCACCGGACGGAACAUACGGACUAUUUCCGGCAAAUUAUGUCGAAUUGAUCUAAGUGCAAAGAGAAUUCACGGAUUUGAGCUUUUUCGAACAAUUAAAACACAAACAUCACAUCCCCCCAUCCUCAUACCAGAGCGUCGUUAAAUGUUCUAGAUAGGGCAGCGUUUCACCAUUAGUUGUGUUUUCCGAUUAAUUGUCAGUUAUGAAAACCCCGCGCGCGCAAACCAGAGUUGUAUUAUUACAUUAUAUAAAUCCUGUUUUUCUUAGAAAACUAUUACCCACAUCACACAGCGAGCAGCUCCGAAUUUGAUUCGGUUGGAAAGCGAGUGCAACAAGAAAUAUUAUGAAAAUACUACUACGCGAUAAUUUAUCAUGAAAUCUUAAUGUUUCACACAAAAAAAUCACAUGUUCAUCAAUUGUUACUAGAUUGUCAGACAAAAAAAAUUCUACCUUUUAAGGUUUAAUAAAGUAACACCCGUUCUUCUCUUCUUCGUCAAUCCACAAGAAGUAGCAACUCGA